UUGUGAUUAUGUGUGCCAGUCCAUCCACCAUCCGGGAGAUUAUGCUCGCAGCCGCCGAACUCAACAUGGUAGACAGCGGGGAAUACGUAUUCUUUAAUAUCGACAUCUUUAGCAGUAUGGCCGCGACAAAGAUUCCAUCCUGGCACAUGGCGAACGACACCGAAGAACGCAACCUGAAGGCCAAGAACGCUUACACCGCCAUGCUACAGGUGGUCGCCCGGCAACCGGAAGACGAAGAGUAUCGCCGAUUCUCCGAGGAGGUGAAGCUGCUUACAAAAACCAAGUUCAACUACACCUACGCGGAAGACGAACCGGUGUCGACGUUCGUGACUGCAUUCUACGACGCCGUGCUGCUGUACGCGUAUGCCCUCAACGACAGUAUUAGCCUUCUCGGUGAGCAGAAAGCGCUGAAGCAGCCCAUCAAUGGUACCUACCUGACGCACCUCAUGUGGGGGAAGUCUUUCAAGGGCAUCACCGGAAACGUUACCAUCGACUCCAACGGGGAUCGGAUCUCGGACUAUUCCCUGCUGGAUCUCAAUCCGGAAACGGGGAUGUUUGAGAUAGUAGCAAACUACUUCCACGAUGGAGGCCUACAAUUCGUAGAGGGCAAAGAAAUUCACUGGUCUGGAGGAAGAACGAAAGCACCCCCUGACAGACCGACCUGUGGUUUUGAUGGUUCCUUAUGUCCCGACAAGUCUCUUCCCGGGUACGCCAUACUGUCGCUGAUUCUCGGCAUAUGCGUCAUCGGCAUGGGGAUAGUGUCGUUCAUGGGCUAUCGUCACUACAAACUCGAAGCGGAAAUCAACUCCAUGACAUGGAAAGUGCACGCCAACGAGGUGCUUUCCUGCAAUCCUAGUCGUGGCCAUCGGGGAAGUCUACACCUGAUGGCCAAACGUGGCAGCCAAGCCACUAUCUACUCCGAAGACCUUAAUUCGCUACCUGGUGACCGGCAAAUCUACAUCCAGUUUGGAUUCUAUAAAGGUUGCAAAGUUGCAAUCAAGAAGAUUAACGUCAACAAUCUGAACCUGAACCGCAACAUGAUGCUGGAGUUCAAGCGAAUGAAGGACAUCCAGCACGAUCAUCUGGUCCGAUUUUACGGGGCCUGUCUUGAUCCGAGCCCGGAACCGUUCAUUCUGACCGAGUACUGUCCGAAGGGUUCCCUGCAGGACAUCCUGGAGAAUGAAACCAUUAAACUGGACUGGAUGUUCAAGAUCUCGCUCAUGCAUGACAUCGUCAAGGGCAUGGCUUUCCUACAUUCCACCGAGAUCCACUCGCACGGUGCCCUCAAAUCGUCCAACUGUGUGGUGGAUUCACGGUUCGUGCUGAAGAUCACCGAUUUUGGGCUGCAUCAGCUGCGUGGGCCGACCGAUGAGCUCGAUCAAGAAAGCUAUGCCUAUUGGAAAAAGCUGCUGUGGACCGCUCCGGAGCUCCUUCGGGAUCCUCACCACGACCCGGCCGGGACACCGAAGGGUGACGUCUACUCCUUCGGGAUCAUCGUGCACGAGAUCGUAUCAAGACAGGGGCCGUUCUACAUCGGAGACGAUGAUAAGUCCCCAAAAGAAAUUAUAAAACUAGUCAUAAAUGGACCUGACGGAUACAAUCCCCCCUUCAGACCCAAAGUAGACGAAACCUCCUACGAGGACGUCAACAACAUCAUGGUCAAAUGCUGGUCAGAAGACCCGAUGGAACGGCCAGAUUUCAACCUGCUGAAAACAAUUAUUAGGAAAAUCAACAAAGAAAACGAAUCUGGUAAUAUAUUAGAUAAUUUAUUACAACGUAUGGAGCAGUAUGCAAAUAACCUAGAGGCACUAGUGGAGGAGCGCACGCAAGACUACUUUGAAGAGAAGCGCAAAUGUGAAGAGCUCCUGUACCAGCUGCUGCCGAAGUCAGUCGCAGCGCAGCUGAUAAUGGGCAAAUCUGUGAUAGCCGAAACCUAUGAUCAAGUAACUAUUUAUUUUAGUGAUAUUGUUGGUUUUACGUCCAUUUCCGCUCAAAGCACCCCGAUGCAGGUGGUGGACCUGCUCAACGAUCUCUACACCUGUUUCGAUUCCAUCGUGGAAAACUUUGACGUCUACAAAGUUGAAACCAUAGGUGACGCUUACAUGGUUGUGUCCGGAUUGCCCGUUCGCAACGGAAAUCUUCACGCUAGGGAAAUCUCUCGGCUAGCGCUUGCACUGCUGGCCGCCGUGCAUAAAUUCUCAAUCCGACAUAGACCGAACGAGCAGCUGAAGCUGAGAAUAGGUUUACAUAGUGGUCCAUGCGUAGCAGGUGUGGUAGGGCUGAAAAUGCCCCGUUACUGUCUCUUUGGGGACACGGUGAAUACGGCUUCCCGCAUGGAGUCCAACGGAGAACCACUUAAGAUUCACAUCAGUCAUACUACGAAAACUCUGCUGGACACAUUUGGCACGUUUGAAGUGUCGGAGCGUGGACUGGUGCCAAUGAAGGGCAAGGGUGAAAUGCUGACCUACUGGCUGAAUGGCGAGAGGACAGUUCCAUUGAUGCAAACGGGCUUCAAGUCGAACAAAUUUCCCGAUGGCAUGACUCCGGAGAGUGGGCCGCUCGCCUUGUUGAACGGAGCUCCACCCACCGGAAUUCUUAACAAUAACAACAACAGCAACAUGUACAGUCUGAACAACGCCGGCGGAGGGGGCGGUGGUCCGAACAAGAAGCUUAACAAUGUCUCAUACAACUUCAUUAAAUCGAGCAGCACCAAGAACAUGCUGAACUCCAAGGGCCGACGCAGUCUUGGCGGGGAGGACACGAUACGAAGUGUGACACAACCGCUGCUCACACAGAUUAACUGAUAUUGACCAUUUCAUCGAAAAUAGACUCCGCAGACACAACAGUAUACUAUACUGCUUUUCAGCAUGAUGUGACCACCUUCGAGAUUUUGUCAGAUUUUAACCAAUAGAGCACAGUAAAAUUUCUUCAA